CGGGCUUGUAGCUUGGUAGAGCGGUGUGUUCCGUCUGUGUGUACAUCUUGUUCUUUUCUGCCCCAUCCCGGGUCGGGAGGAAGCCGAGGGAAUUGGUUUUCCCGCCCGCGGUGGUUAUUCCUGCUGUUGCUAUGGGGGGUGGCGGGAGUAGCCAUGGCAAUAGGAAGGUCUCCUUCGAGAUGGAUGAGCAGGAGCGAGUGCGAGUCCUGCAGGGCAUCCGGCUUUCUGAAGAUGUGGUGAAACGAAUGAAGGAACCUUUCCAACCUAAAAGGGAUCAGCGAUCUCCGUCCUUGUCUCCGCCUCCUUUGUCACGAUCUACAGAAGGGAAAUGUAAGACGUCUACAGAGAUCCAUCCACCAACAGCUGACAACUUGGGCCGAAAACCCUCUGAAGCAGAGGAGGAUCUGUACAAGAGGUAUGAGCAAGAGCAGGCAAUGGUCCAAGAGGAGCUACUGCGACUGGCCAAAAGAGAGCGGGAGGCAGCCAACGAGAGUCUGAAUGUGAGCCUCCAGCGGGAGAGGAAUACCACCAAUGAAGAGAAGCUGAAAGCAGCCCAGCUGCCUGUGGAUUUGGAUGCCUGGUCCCAGGAACUGCAGUGGAAGGAUGAAGAACUGAAGAGGAGAGGCACCUUCUAUAAGGAGCAGUUGGCCCACAUUGAGAAGAAGAAUUCUGAAAUCUACAAGAUGACCUUGGAUCAAUACAAUGAGGCAGUUACCAAUGCAGAAGAUCAGAUCAGGAACUGUUGGUCCACUUCGAUUAAAGCCCAGCUGCUGGCAAAGUGCAGAAAGCAGGGGACCACAGAAGCUCUUAGAAGCCCAGCAUUCUUUUGGAGUCAUGCUGAUGCAAAUGAGUGCCUUCUGUCCAUGGUGGUCCACAAAAUCACCAUGAAUCCAUAUCCAGAUGCCUGCAUGUAUCAGUCUUAAUUGAUGGAUUUGGACUUGAGGGGGAAGGACCCUGCGUUUGGAGGAAAAGCUAUGCUCUGCGUAAUGUAUGUCACCACCAUCAUUAUCUCUCUUCCACUGAGAGAAGAAUUCCCAUUAAUAGAUCUCGUUUCUGACAUGAGUGAUAAGCCUCCAUUUUUUUUAAAAAAAAAAAGCCUGUUAAGUUUUUUGUUUCACUGUUACUCUGUAUUUCAUAAGACAUUGCCUUUGUCCUUCAGAACAAGGAAUCUAAGGAAAUGCCAGAGCCUGUGUAUAUUGAGUUAAUAAUGACUCAAGCAGGUGUGAUUGUAUGUUUGACACUAACAGAGACAUUCCUGCCUUCCCCUCUCAAGCUUCCUCCUAAGAACAAUAAAAAUGUGUUUAAUGGCC